GCUAUCUUUGCUCCUCUCUUCUUUUCCUCGCUCUCCGCGCUUUCCACGCUUUCCACCCACAUUUUUAAUACGCCUUAUACAGACCAUGGCGAUGCGGUACAGGACAGCCGGCUUCAAAGGCUACAACGUAAAGUUCAGUCCCUUCAACGACCGCCUUUUGGCCGCUGCAACCAGCGCCAACUUUGGCCUCGUAGGCAACGGCCGCCUCAGUGUGCUCCAGAUGUGCGCUGGGCCCGAGGGUCUGCAGCCGCGGCAAAGCUAUGAUACGCAGGAUGCCCUGUUUGAUCUGACAUGGAACGAGGUGCACGAGAACCAAGUAGCUACCGGCAGCGGCGACGGUAGCAUUAAACUCUGGGACAUCACGCUUCAGCAGCAUCCAGUAGCACGGUGGAAGGAGCACAGCCGCGAGGUGAUGAGUGUCGAGUGGAACUACACGCAGAAGACGACCUUCCUCUCGUCUGCGUGGGAUGGAUCCGUGAAGCUGUGGAAUCCGGUGCAGCCAAAGUCACUGCGCACCUUUGCCGAGCACACUGGAUGCGUAUACACAGCUGCAUGGUCACCGCGCCAGGCUGACCAGUUUGCCACAUGCGGCGAGGACCGCGCAGUCAAGCUGUGGAGUGUCAAUGAGCCGAAUGGCCGCUCGGUGGCGACGUUUGGCGGCCACCUCGAUCAGGUUUUGUCGCUGGACUGGAACAAGUAUUCUCCCGAGCUGUUCGCUACAUCAUCGGUCGACCGCACCAUCAAGAUCUGGGACAUCCGCAACCCUCGUGGUCAGGUAUCCAUGUUUGGGCCAUUUGAAUUCUCCGUCCGCCGCGUCAAGUUCUCGCCCUUCUCGCCACACUAUCUGGCCACGGCUGGAUACGACAUGUCUGCUAGCAUCUGGGAUGUGCGCACCGGCGCAGUCACACAUGUGCAUGAUGCGCACUCUGAAUUUGUCGUUGGCGUCGACUGGUCGUUCUUCCACCCUGGCCAGAUGGCCACCUGCUCGUGGGACGAGCAAGUACAUGUGUUCAAUGUCCCGAUCCCGCAAAACUAGACAUAUCGGUGAUGUGAUCAGAAAAUCUGUGAUUAAGUCUUUUUUCUGCGAUUUUUUUUCAUAGGUGCAUUUCGUCCUUGAGC